AUGGAUCCAAUCCUGAACUUCUCAUGCCCGCGGCACCAACGGGUCCUCUCCAUCGUAUGGCUGAUUUUACUGGUCCUCGGCUGCGUAGCUCUGGCCAUUCUACCGUACCCAGACGUUAAUCACUACUUUCAGUAUAGCGGAUCGCAGAAUGGAGCCCGGAUAUUUGCCUCAGUAAUGUUCUUCAUCCUCGUCUGCCUCUGCAUAUCGAAAUUCAUGAUGACAGUGAUUGUCUACCGCUACUGGAAAAUAUUGAAAUUUCGAACAACACUGGAAUCGCUUGUU